AAUGGUAGUGAAUCAAGCAUGGUAUAAUAGUCAUUAGAAACGAUCUGGAGAGCACUAGCAAAUCUCUCAAUACUGAUUUUUACAUCCUACAGUCUUCCCUUUAAUUUAGACCCCCUUUGGCGUCCAUCUUGAAUUCUGUGUCGGAUACCACUCCUUGCUUACUCUGUUUUGAUUUUUGCUGAUUUCUCCGUCUAUUUUUAAACAAAACAGACGGUUUAAUUGUGUACAUUAGAUACAGACUUGUCUCGGUUGAAAAAUAAAUUUGCACGAAACAUUGUAAUGAUUUCGUAUGAUUGUAAAGUACUGAGACAGGAAGUCCACACUAUUCGAUAUUAUUGAAUUAUCACAACUGCUGCUACAUUAGUAUAUGCGUAGAGGAUAAAUUCACUUCGUGGCACUCAGCUUCCAAAGUAAACACCCGUUUAGAUAUGGCAGAGUUGGCGACUCUUCUCCGUCAGGAGAUUCCAGAGGGAAGGAGUAACUUAGCCGAUAGCCAUACAAAUCUGGAACGAGUUGCGGAAUAUUGUGAAGCCAAUUAUUUUCAAGCAGAAAACAAACGAAUUGCAUUGGAAGAAACAAAAAAUUAUACAACCCAGUCUUUAGCUAGUGUUGCAUAUCAAAUCAACACUCUAGCAUACAAUUUUCUGCAGUUGCUUGAUCUGCAAACCUCCCAAUUAGCCGAAAUGGAAAGUCAAAUGAAUCAUAUAGCCCAAACCGUUAUGAUUCAUAAAGAAAAAGUUGCUAGGAGAGAAAUCGGAGUGCUUACUGCUAACAAAAUGACAACACGUCAAUAUAAAAUCAUUGCUCCAGCUAAUCCUGAAAAACCAAUAAAGUAUGUCAGAAAAAGUAUUGAUUACACAGUUUUGGAUGAAAUUGGUCAUGGUGUACGGAGCAGUGGCACUCCGAGGAGCAAGCAACGAGGUGGUAGUCAAGGCAGUGUACAGAGUUUAGGAGGAGCGUCGACUGGUUCUGGUUUGGGAGCUGCCAUGGCAGGACCUGCUCCUACUACCAAACCUCCGACUCCACCCCAGACAGUUAGAACUGGGACAUUAAGUAAAGGCUCCCGAGAGUACAGAACUCCACCGGCUGUUGCUCCACCUCAAGUUCCGAGUCAUUAUGCUCCAAAUUAUCCUUUAGGCCAUCCAAGACGUGAGCGUGGUCCAGGAUAUAGCACUUUACCUCUUCACGUGCAUACUACUUCACAUACAUCUCACAACACUGCCCACGUUACACAUGUAAAUACUACAACCCAGCACACAUCUCCUCCACCUCCACAAAUAGGAACGGUUCAUCCACUGCAAACUCAUCCUCAGACACCUCCACCUGCACCUCCCAGUAUCACUGGAGCUCAAGGUUAUAUUCAAGAACCCCACAACAGUAUGCCUCCUCCCCCGUCACCAUUAGUGGGCAUUGGUAGCGAUAUGACAGAAUAUAGUGGUCACCAUACUUUGCCACAUCGGUUGUCACAUCAGAUUAGUCGCAGCAGUGGAGCAAACAGCCCUCCACUGCCUCCACCACCUCCACCAGAGCAAGAAGAGCAUCCACAGUUUGGACGACCUUCUCAAUCGAGUGGUGCUAUUAUGCCUAUUGUACCAGAUGAAGAAGAUUUACCUGGAUGGGUACCUAAAAAUUAUAUCGAGAAAGUGGUGGCAAUCUAUGACUAUUAUGCGGACAAGGAAGAUGAGCUGAGUUUUUCCGAGAGUUCAGUGAUAUAUGUCCUCAAGAAGAAUGACGAUGGAUGGUGGGAAGGAGUGAUGGAUGGAAUCACGGGUUUGUUCCCUGGAAAUUAUGUCGAACCAUUAAAAAGUUUAGGUGUAAUACAAGGAGACAUGUAUUCAUUGGCACGAAGGACAACUGUAUGUUCCAAAGACUCGAUGGAAUAAUAGAUGGAAAGAAGAACGGAGGGUGCUAGGCUUGCUGUACAACACAUUUCUUUCAUACAAUCUAUAUAAUGCUGUGCCGAGCAUGAGAACCAGCUCAAUAAUGCAGUAUUUUUAAUUUUAGCAACGUUUUAUAAACAUUUGUAAUAGUGUCUCGUACAUGUUUUCGAUUUAUAAUAGAAAUAAAUAAUACGACCAGACAACGAC